AUGACACUAGUUUAAUAAUAAACAGGAUGUCAAAGUAAUUAUAGUAAAAGUAAAGGGUCAAAAUACAAAUCCUCUUUGAGGCUUAAACCCUAACUAAAACCCAGAUCCCCAAUUCUCUAUCAUCACUGAAUCAGUAUCACCAUUUCUUUCUUCAUCAAAAAACUUGCAAAUAUCUUCAUCACAGUUUCACUAUUUAUCGUUCAAUGGGCGGAGGUCCUCGCACUUUCCCCGGUGGUCUCAGCAAAUGGCAAUGGAAACGCCUCCACGAGAAGAAAGCCCGUGACAAGGAAAACCGACUCCUUGAUCAAGAGAAACAGCUUUAUCAGGCUCGAAUCCGAUCUCAAAUCCGAGCUAAACUCACUUCUUCCGGUGAACAAUCCAAUAUUAGCAAUGAACAACAGCCUAACUAUGGCCCUGUUUCACCACAAGACCAUAUCAGAGCUCUAGCUGAUCGGUUCAUGAAGGAAGGUGCUGAGGAUUUGUGGAAUGAAGACGACGGGCCGAUUAAUACUCCGCAGAUAAAUCAACAAAGCCGAGGUAUUAGUGAGCCUAUUGAUUUGCGCAAAUUGAGAGAUACUGGUUUUAGUGAUGUUUCUCGAAGUUAUAGUUUUCAGAAAGCUAGACAUUUUUCUACGAAUGUUAGGGAUGUUUUUGCGGAAAAUUGGAGGACUAGAAUUCCAGCUUGUUCGGAUAGUUGGUCAAGACAGAGCAAUUUUUUUAUGUUUGGAUGGAGGUUGGUUAAUACUGAGAAUAGAAAUGUAAGUAAUUUGAAUGGUUUCUUGAAUUUUAGAUGCUAUUCUGCGGAUAGGAGAAAUGGGAAUAGGUUGAGGAAAUUAGACUUUACUAGAAAUGAGAGUUCGAAAAGUGAGGAUAAGUCAUGUUCAGAGGGAUUGGUGGUGAAGAAUGAUGAGCGAAAAACAAGAUGGCCAAGGUUUCGAUCGAAUGCUGAGGAGUCAACUGAUGAAGACGAUGAUGAAGAUAUUGAGGUGGAUGAGGACGAGGAGGAAAGACGGAGUAGAGGGGGUAUAAAGAUGAUGAGUAGUGCUGCUCUUGGGAAGUAUGAUAUGAAGACAAAGAAGAGAGUUCCAUUGAAGUUUGUGGAAGAUGAAGAUGAUUUAUCACUGCAUGUGGCGGCGAUAAGGAAGGAGGUAAAUGGGCGGAGUACGCAGAAAAAUGAAACCGAAGAAGAGGAGAAGGAAUCGAUACUUAGCUCUAAAAGGUUUGAUGAAUAUGAUGUAUCUCCUUUGACAGUCAAGGCCCUUACUGCAGCAGGUUAUGUGCAAAUGACUAAAGUGCAAGAGGCAACACUUUCUACUUGUCUUGAGGGAAAGGAUGCUUUAGUUAAAGCAAGGACAGGCACAGGCAAAAGUGCUGCUUUUUUGCUUCCAGCCAUUGAAACAGUUCUGAAGGCCUCACGUAAGAAGAGUGACCAAAGGGUCCCGCCAAUAGAUGUACUUAUUCUCUGUCCCACGCGAGAACUUGCAAGUCAGAUAGCUGCUGAAGCUAAUGUGUUGUUAAAGUACCAUGAAGGCAUUGGUGUGCAGACACUAGUUGGAGGGACACGGUUCAAAGAUGAUCAGAGACGCCUAGAGUGUAAUCCAUGCCAGGUAUAUAUGCAUUUUAUCUGUAUCGGGACAUUUUUCCAGUUUAUGGUAAAGGAUGAAUUCAAUGUGAAUGAUUUGCUUCCCUUGCACUUCGAGGAUGACAUAUUGAGAAAUGUACACAUGUUUCUGUUAAACAGGGGUACAACAAAAGAUAUGCGUAAGUUCUGCCAAAUAUAUUAAUGAGGUGUAGUACGGCAUGUCUGUUAGCUCUGACUCAUUAGUUGUAGUUGCUCAUGAGGUUUAGAAACUGAGACCAGACAGUCUAGCUAUGGGCGGCAUCUUAGUACCAGUGUUAUUAAACUUGGCCUGGACCUGUCGUUUGACUAGAAAAUACAGUACAAUGGGGCUUGACCUGGCUGUACCUAGCUGGAUUGUCAAGCUGUUAGUACCAGUGUUAGGAUCCGGGGGUAUGGACCCAAGUGCGGAGACGGUGCUAGGAUUAGGCCAAUAAAUGUAUAUCACGACAUACAUAACAACAACAACAACCCAGUGAAAUCCCACAACAUGGGGUCUGGGGAGGGUAGAAUGUACGCAAACCUUACUCCUACCAAGGUAGGACGGCUGUUUCCUGGAGACCCUCGGCUCAGUAAAAGCAUAAACGCAUAAAAAAAAUGUUAGAUAAGAAUAGGAAAUUAAAAGUUUUAUGAGAAAAACAACAAACAAAUAACGAAUAGAUAACAAAUAAAUACAAAUA